UCCCUUCCCUGCUGACUCUGAUUCCCCAGGUGAAAGUUCUAAAUUAUGAGAACGAUCGGUACAUCGCUCUGCUGAUGGAUUACUUUCACAUUUGUCUGGAGAGCGUACGUAAGCUGUCGAUAGGAAAAACGAAGCACCUGAUGCUGAAAACCCUGGCGGACACGAUGGGCGGCUACUUGCAGGUUUACAUCCUGCCCCUCACCAGACACUCCUAUUACGCGGGUAACAUAAAGUAUCGGAACGCGAGAAAGCUGUUCGAGCUAUACGAUCAGUUGAAGCUUUUCUUGAAAAGCAACGGGGCAGGCUGGCUGAGCCCAUCCAAAGAGAUAAGACACGCGAAAAUCCUGCCGAUCCUGAUCACGUCGCCGAGAUCGCCGGUCGCAUGCGACGGCAUUAUUACCUACCCUGCGUCUUCAGUGGGCUACAACAAACGAGAGAUAAAACGUUUCACGUUCAAGCAGAAAAGGGGACAUGCAACGAAGCACAAAACCAAAAAUACAAAUCCUAGGUACAAAGAUGAAACUGAACGAAACGAAGAUUCGAUUAUCAUCCCUCUUCCCUUCCUGGACGACGACGUGCAGCCAAAUAGUAUCGCGCUACCAUUUAAGAAGAACACCUUGCAGUCUUUAUAUAGUGAACGAUCGACUUUUGUAUUGGUUAAGUACUACAUAGCUAGCGUGAAGUGCAUCGUCUCGAAGUCGAAAGCAAAAACUGAACUGGAGACCUUCAAUCAGGAGUUUUACGAUUGGCUGCAGCAAUCCGUACAACGGCACCUCGAUGACGAGAAAUGGUAUGCAGCCUUCGGCGGCGUGCUAAGGGUGAUCGCCUCUUUGGAGGAAGCUGGAACCGGUCCCACUAAGGGAAGAAAAAGCGGUACCUAUCAGAUGAUGCCCAAAACAGGCGCGCGACCGACUGUCGAGCUCGAGGAAGGCGUGUCACCUCUGUACAAAGAAGAGGAAACGGGGGUCACGCUGGGAAUGUCGGAAUUAAUAUCGAUCGCCGUGGUGAGCGCGUUGUUGGUGUGGUUGCUGGUGGGUCUGAGUUUGGUCUGCUACCGAUUCCUCACGAAGCACUCGGACGAGUGUGGCCCAUGUGAACCGCAGGAUCCUCCGGUUGCUGUUUUGUACAGGAAUAAAGAAUAUUGCGAAGCUGAUACGUGUCAAAUGCAAAAGAGUCGUAAAGGGUGGAUAGAGAGAAUUAAAGAUUAUUGGAGGAGUAAGUUUGGUAAAUGUCAAGGAAGUUGUCAGGAUCGCAUAGACGAGGAACGUUGUUUAGCAGCUAUUAAUUAUACUAGCAAAGAUACUAUUGAUGUUAGUAAUAGUAGCAGAAGUUACCAGAAAAGAAAAAUGAGCAAAUCGGUAUCAGCGACGUUAUCAAAUUAUCGGAAAGAACAUAUGCCUAUCAGAGGGUCGCGAAACGGCCGUUUUAAUUUUAUUACAACCGCGUUCGACAGAGGUGACUCGCAGUCGAUUGCACUUCGUUAUGCCGGCCGCGUACGUGCGGACUGCAUUCAAUGA